GGUUCAAGUGCAAACCACAACCACAUACAUGUAUUAUUUGUAAAGAUCGAAAGCAGUUGAGAGUGUUUACAAAAUGGCUGCUGAUCAUUUACAACCUUUAAACAUUAACUUACGAGAAUAGAAUGUGACAGUACAACUGAUUUCAGCAGACAAUGGAGCAGUGUGUUUGAUAUGUACACCUCGCGGGCAGUGAACUGAUGGGGAAACGUGAAGUAAUCUCUGGCAGUACCGAACAGCAGCGUGGCUCCCGGGUAUUAUCAGCGUGUGGAUUUCGACAGAAUCCUGGAGCACCGAUACCCGCUAAUUAAGCCAAUAAUAUUGAUUCAUUAAUUCUAAUAUAUCAUCGGUACUGAAAAAAAUAACAAAGUUAGUAGCGCUGGAUGAUGAUAAACUCGCUAAAAAUAACCUACAGGAAGAAUACAGUUACAUAGACACUUGAUUUCACGGAAAUGAAGGGGAAGGUAUGAGUGUAAAGUGAUUGUCGGCUAUUAUUUCCGACUGUUUGAUUGUUAUAUCCACUCAAGAAGGCGACUGUAACAGUCACACCGCGCGAUCAGUAAUGCUGAUUAUGAUUUAUUUGUGUUCUUAUAACUUUCAUUGGUGCAGUUAUGGAAAGAAAUAAUGAAACUAGUUUCCUGUGAGAUUAUAUAACAGCAUGAAACAAUUAUUACUAUGUUUAAAACACAUUUGUAACACAAUUAACUCGUAUCACGCGAGUAAAAGACUUAAACUGGAUAUUAAGUAAAAUAUUACAUCUGAAAAUAUCAAUUUGGAGUUAUACCACAUCUGCUAGGUGGACGCCUAUGGUUUCCUAGGUAACGGAAGAGUGAUGUCCUCGCCGAUCUUCAGGCGGCUGUCGAUGCACGGGCGCAACAAGGCCUUCCGGGUCGUCGUGCUCGGUCAGAACGGCGUCGGCAAGUCAGCGUUCACAGUCAGGGUUAUAACACAGCGGUUCAUCGGAGACUACGAUCCAUCCCUAGCGAACACGUACAAUUUCACGUGUCCUGUGGACGGAGAUACGGUUGCGAUGGAGAUCCGUGAUACAGCCGCCCAGGUGGAUUACGGACGUCUGGAGUCGAACAUCAAGUGGGCGGACGCCUUUGUGCUCGUGUACGCCGUCACUGACCGCUGCAGCUUUAACGAGUGCAGUCGCCUAAAGGUGCUUAUCAGCUCAAUCCCAAAGAAGACCAAGUCAAGUGCGCAGUCGGCCACCUCAAACAUUCCAUUAGUCUUAGUAGGCAACAUGAACGAUCGGACGCACGAUCGAAUGAUCUCAACACAGGAAGGGCGCGAAAUGGCACUGGAGAUGCGCUGCCUGGGGUUCUUUGAGAUCUCUGUCCGGGAGGAGCGGGACUCCGCCCGGUCCGUGAUUUGCGAUCUCUAUCGGCGCUGCCGGCGGCCCACCCGCCGCUCCGAGCUCCAGCAGAGGCUAAGUUGUCCCCCGUCCAUCAACUUACCGACCGUCGCCGACCAGCCAGCCGAUCCGUCAAAAGAUGAAACCAUUCCGUCAAUACAGAGACAGCGGCGGCGUAGAAAAGCGCUGUACACUAUUAGUUGAUGACGGUAUGGGAGAUAACUCUAAUAUGUCGACGUUCACAAAUCGAAUAGCAGUUGAUGAUCUUUGUACGUAAUUAUUGAAAACUAUUCGAAUGUAUCCAUUAAACCUGUACAAUAACGACUCAUGUUCUGUACCUGUAACUACAUAACGUUCAAAUAUAUUUACGUUGAAAAUGUCCACAGAUUUCAUAGACGUAAACAGUGUUUGUUUUAUUUAAAUUCAGAUGAAAUAUGACUGUUAUUAUGAUAUUUGUUGAUAAAAACGUUAUACAUUAUGUUAAAUGAAAUGCCUCUAAAUAUAAUGAUCAUAUUUCA